UGAUAUCUUGUCUCGAGGUUGCUACCGGAAAAAUUAUGCGAAGACAAUCAUCGUGGGCAACAACUCACUUCAGCUCCUGGUAUGGACCAAUAGAGUGCUAAACUAGAUGGCAAAUUCAGGAACCGGUAUCUUCAUGUCCCCGCAAAGAGUAAUGAAAGGCACACGAAGUGUCGGUGCAACUCUCCUCCUCUGGGUGGCCGGUAUAAUCUAUUGUCUUUGCGGGACUCAUGUGUACAUUGAGUACGGCUUGAACGUGCCCAGAUACCUGAUCAACGGGCAGGAUCAAAGCGUUCCACGAAGCGGUGGUGAUCUCGUCUAUCUACAAUACGUCUUCCGCAAGCCAGCGUACCGGAAGAACACGUUACUCUUGUCGACUUGUAUAUUCGGCAUCAGUUUCAUUGUUCUAGGAAACAUGGCUGGCAACAGCAUUCACUUUGCCAUCCGACUUCUCGAAGCCGCCGACGUAAAACCAGAGAAUGGUCCUGUUCGCGGCAUCGCUCUUGCGGUUGCUACAUUCUCUUGUGGGAUUCAUGCUUUCUCCCGACGUGGAGGAAUCUUGCUCAACAACGUCCUCGCGGUCGUCAAAAUCUUGACUAUGCUUCUUAUCAUUGUGGCGACGAUUGUCGUGGCCACGAAAGGAUUCCCAGGCGCCAACAACGUUUUCGACAAAAACACUUCGCCCGAGACCUCCUUCAAAAAUGCGUCAAACGAAGCCAACAGCUACGCCCAAGCGUUUCUCGCCAUCAUCUUCAGCUUCUCCGGCUUCGAGCAACCAAACUAUGUUCUUGGGGAGAUUAGCAGGCCCAAGAAGAAGUUCCCAGUCGCCAUGGGUGCCGGUGUUGGUACCGUUGUGACGCUUUACCUUGUCGUAAACAUUUGCUAUAUGGUAGUCGUCCCAAAAGAUGACCAGAUCAACGCGAACGUGGCUCAAAAGUUCUUCGAACUCACAUUUCAGACCCUUGAACCAGAAAGCGACCUUGGGGCUCGGAUCUUCAACGCGUUUCUUGCCAUCUCAUCUUUGGGAAACAUCAUCGUCAUGACAUACACAGCUGCUAGAGUGAAGCAGGAGAUUGCCAAAGAGGGAAUGCUUCCGUGGCCCAAGUUCUUCGCACAGAAUACAGAUAUGAGCAUCGGCCGGGUACUGCGCUGGUUCCAGAGGAAGGGAUGGUUCUCAUCGGUUCUCCGACUGAAAUGGCUCUCGCCAGAGCACCACAGCGAGAAAACUCCCGUCGGCGCCUUGCUUCUCCAUUUCGUCAGCUGUACUAUCCUGAUCUUUGCAACCUACAAGAUGGAACCGACAAACGCCUACAUCUUGCUGACAUCUCUGAGCGCCUACGUCAUCAACGCCUUCAUCGGGACCUUCCUAGGGUUGGGCAUUCUCAUCCUGCGGUUCCGUGGACCUCCGACUACCCUUGCCGACGAUGACGCUUCUACGUUUGGAAAAGACACGCCACCGCCGCCGCUCACUUGGGCCGAGAUGACUGGAAAGCGUUUCCGCCCCUUCCUGUCCGUCUUCUGCGCCUUCGUAUACAUGUGCGGCGGGCUUUUCCCGGUGAUCACUAACUGGGUUCAUCCUUCGGGACAACUAUCUACACAGCUGGAUUGGUGGCUGGUUCCCACGGUCUCAUGGAUCAUCAUCACUCUGGGCGUUGCAUGGUUCAUUGGCUUCGUUCUUGUCGCUCGCUAUAUCGAGAGGAAGGAUCAUAGAGUGUUUGUCGUGGAGAAGAAGCCAGAGUUUGAACCGGCACAAGGAAGCAGCCAGGGCUCUGAGGCCGGCAUUGGGACCGAUCUAAUACAGGUCCAUGAGACUGUCUAUCUGAGCUGGGUUGGAAAGGAAGCGCUCCGUUCUCGGCGCCCGGUGUUCGACGACUCUAGGCAAAAUGCUGAUGUGAGGGAAGUGCCAGCGUCUCCUUUCGCCGGUACUGACUUUGCUGCAUUUAUGCAGCAAGCACCAGGAAGAGGAGGGCAUUGGUAAUGGCGUAGGGAGGGUGUUGUUUGAUAUCCAGUGAGGAACAAGAAGGAGGAGGAGGAAGACGUUACGGAUGUUUAUUAAGUUCAAAGUAUUGAUAGACGGACACUUCUAAGUAAGGCA